AAGUAAAAGUAGUCCCCAUCAAAUAUGGAGGCAAAAUGGCCUCUGAAAAUUUUGAGUAUUUACCAUGUUGAGCCGAGAGGAUGGCUCUCAACCAUUGCAACCUCAUGUCUUUCUUGGUGAAAUUGUUGAAUCGAUCAUCAAAUUUGAUAUCAAGUGCUGUGUUGCAACAUAGUUCUAGGUUUGGGUUCGAAAAAUGCAAGCCCGGGCCUACUCAGGAGUCAUGCCGCCUGCCCCAGUAAACGUUCGACAGCAGAGGCCUGCUAGGGCCUUGGUACUUCAUUUUUUCACCCUAGUACACGUUCGACGGCAGAGGCCUGCUAGGGCCUUGAUGUAAUUUAUGACUUUCACGUCUGCAGAGAAAACUGAGAAUAUGCGAGUUACUGACUGAAAUGGGAGAGUCUUGACUACAUUCCUCUUCUUUCAGUAUCUCCCUUAAAUUUUCAGUAGUUACUCCUGCUCGCUUAUUUCAGUUUUUCAUAUAUGCCCAUCUACUGCCACAACAGAUUAUAGACCACGAUGAAGAAACGAAGCUUUGCUCCCUGAGGGUUCUUGUACUACCAACGUUUACAACAACAGCAGCACAUAUAUUCUUCAUAUCUUCACUCUCCACUGCUCUCCAACAGAGACAGACCUAAACAACUUGUGGAUACAUCUCCUUCGUCUUCAGGUAGGAUUCUCGGGUUCAGCACCGAAAUUUAUUCCGCCAUCAUACGAUAAUAUCGAUCCCAGUGAUCUGCCGUGUCCAGACACGCCUAGUCCCAGAUCAGAACAGGAGAAUGCCUCAGAACAUGACGAGCCAUCAAGACAACAUCCGGCUUUAAGGCAGUGUUUAUUUUUUUGAUGCAGUUCUACGAUUACUAGAGUAAUCUCAUUCUAACACAUACUUUUUGAGGUGCUAUCGUCCUUUCAUUUGACAUGUCUUAUUCAUAGGAAGUAGGCCAUCACCACGACUCAGUUAUCACUCAACACGAAUUGAGCAGACCGCAUUAAGUAAAGCGGAAAAUGGCGCGAGUCUCUUCAGGUUGUUGUUUUUGAAUUCUCUUCUAAUAUCCGGCACAGUAAAUUACGAGACAAUGGCGCCGAUGAAAGCAAAUACGACGGGAAGUAGUAAGCGGCAGAUAUUACACUUACAGCACUUCGUUAUUAUGAAUAAAAAUAGUUUUUGGGAUAAUAUGUUCAUAUUCCACUAUAAAACUCGAAAUCUGAUGAAGUACUUGAUCUAAAGUAUUUGUCUCCGAAGCAAUCCUCCUCUCUUCAGGGGCACACGCGAGUAGACACACGCCCUCGCAGCAAACAAGGGGAGCGGUGGACACGGCAGCACCAAUAACCUAUACGGGAGGCCACCCAUAUCCACCAGGGGCAUUCGUUGAGUAUUGAUCCUAGUCCAGUGUUUGUCUUCUGGUGCUACCGCGUCUUCAUGAUUGCUCUACGCUUAGUCAAUGAUUUUGCUUUACGACCUAGACCUAGUCUCCAGUAUCACGUGAGGUGUGUUAAGUAGAUAACACUUGUUACUAAGUACAUUAUUGGAUAGCCACCUCACAAGUAGUAGACACGUAUAGCUAGUACACAAGAUAGCUACACAAGAGGCGCCACGACAUGACAUGCAGUUGAUUUAAUGUAAGAGUAAGGGAGCACCUCUUCUAUCCACGUCUGUCACUUCUGGUUCAUCUAGACUUAUCAUUUUUUACAACAAGUGUUAAUGUAAGAGUAAGUAAGCAUCACACGCCAGGUACCGAUCACGAACAAUGCAUGAUCGAUGGAUAUUAGCGAAGGUCGAGAGCUAUGAUGAGAAAAAUGGCGUGUACAGACUAGAUGUGCAGCCGAAGGCACCAAGAGACAGAGUGCGACUCAGAGGUGGGCAACAACCUCCACAGCAGACAACACCUAGUGAAGCAGUGCAGCGUACUUGAUUUUCCUUUUGUCUCUCGAUUGUGUGAGUAGUGGUAUAAGUUGAUUGUUUUUUCAACACGGUCGCGACCGAGAUCAUGCAAGAACUCCUCUCCAUUACCAACCACAACUUGAGCAUAGGUUAUCUACUCCUUCCCAUUACCUCCAUACAUUAUCUACAACUCCAACUCCUGCACUGCUAAACACAAAACUACAGCAGGGGCAGAGCCAGAGCCUAAUCCAUUGCAUCAAGUCGACGAUCCGAUAGGAGAGGAAUUAAGGCAAGCUAGCGCGGAUGAGGUACUAUGUAUAUUUCUAGUUUUGCUGUUGAUGCUGCUUAGUUACUAGUUAGGCAAGAACGAACUGAGUUCAUUCAGCAAGAACGAAGUGAGUUCAUUCAAUGAAUAGAGAGUUUCGUGUUCAAUGAAUAGAGAAAGAACAAAAUCUGAGGAGGUUACCAGAAAGUCUUUCUGUAUCACUGAUCGCCCUACGAACAACGCCCCUAUUUAAUAUCAUCCACAGUUGCGACAAAAAUGCCGCGAGCUAAUGAUGGAAAAUGAGAAAUUAAGGAGCGAGCUUGCUGAAGAAAAACGAAAACGCAAGACAAUCGAGCAGCAAGCAAGGGCCUAUCAUCGCGACUAAUCAGUGAGACGAGAUAAUAUCCAGUCAUAGACGGAGGGGACGAGGCGACUGGUCUGUUUGCUCUGUAAGUUGCGAUUGCAGCAAAACAAAAACAUUAUGAUUUUUUCCACCUUAAUAUUUUUAUCUAGACGAGGAUAGACGACAUUGAAACGACAGAGUAUGAUACGCUACAUUUCAACUACUUCAUCACAACUUCAAACAAGGAUUGAUACUUACAACAAGGAUAGAUAGAUUUUUUCUUACACAAGAACCAACUUAUAGCGCGCUGGUCUUUCCUAUUUUGAAUUCAACGCAAGAUGACAAGAACUACAUUGAAACUUAUAACAUAGCAAUCAACUACCUCACUGAACAACAUCAAAGGGGAAGGAAUAUGUUGUGCAUUUUAUUUUAUCCAAUUAAUAUACGAAUCAAAGUAUUUACCAUCACAUCAAAGGAUGAAAUUAAGCUCUCUCAACACGAAACCUCUUACUAAUUAGGCAAAAGCUAGCACGCUUCCUUUUGAUCGGUGUGGUUCGGAUAGAUCGAUGUGAUUGCUCAUCUCGACUACACAAGGCAUUCUUUGUAUUAUCAAUUUUGAUUGGGUUCAUCGCACACAACUAUCUCUCUGUUUAUUAUGUUUUUGAAUCUAUCAUGUAAUUUGGUCGCAUCUAGUGUUUGUACUAAUAGAUGAUUUAUUAUUUCGCAUUACAAGUUCAACAUAUUUUUGUGAGGCAGAAAAUGGUAGUGAAAACAAAGACAACAUCAAUUUCAAUAUGUUGUAAAAUCUAAUGAGAAUGUAAACAAGUUUCCACGUCUAUGCUGGUCGAAUCAAUAACAUUAAUACCUAAGGAUGAUCUCAGGCUCCUCUUCAAUCAUAAAUGUUCAUUUUCGCUUUUUUGCACCCCUGAAGAGAGGUAUUGUCACGGCUUCGUUUCAGUUAUCUAGUUAACUAGGGAGCAAUGUUGGUCACUUUGUAAGAAAGAAGACGCACGAAAGGCAUACUAGUAGGUCUAGGUUCGUUGUAGAAAUCUGAGGGGUAAUACUAAUAGCCGGGGCAGCUGCAUCGAUUCCUGGUAUCACACAUGAAACGUACUCUUAUACUUAUCGUCAAUAUCAAUAUGCUGGAACUCCUUCUACUAGAAUGAUCAUAAUAUCAGAUGAACACAUGGAAUGUUAUGCUCUUUUGGUAGAAAUCCAUACAUAUUAUGGUAGACUUCGUCAUUAAUUCGUAAGAUCAGUCUCUUCUCUGGGACACGAAGAAUCUGGGACACAAAGAAUGAUCGACUGAUUGAUUGUUGUCCUAUGAAAUUAACUCGAGAUGCUUGAAAUACUCCUCUACUAAGCAACUCAAUUAAGUAUCUAGAGAAAGCUUCUCUAGAAUAGUAACCAAAGCUAGAAGUUCUGUACAGGGGGAGUGUAUUUAUUCAUCCAUUUUUUCUUGAUAGCUGUCACAUUGUCCUUCUACAUGGAAUAGAUUUCAUUGUUUGCAUAGUGGUACAAUGAUGCUUCGUUUCCUUAAAUGCCGAACUUGCAC